AUGGCAGCGGCCUGGGAGUUCCAGUUGCCCCUGGCACCUGGCGAUCUGCUGCGGUGCGGCGGCUAUGGGCGCUAUGUCGUGCAGGACGUGCUGCCUGUCCGCGAACUGUCGCCCGCUAUCACAGCCUUCCGGACCGCAUUUCGAGCACAGGGCGCGUUGGCGGUGCUGCAGCACUUCGAUUCCAUCUACAGCUUGCUUCACCACUUCCGAGCUGUAGAGUCUGCUAUCAAGGAGGAUGCUGUGGAACUGCUGAUGAAAGUGGUGUCCUAUCAUUCCAAUGAGCUUCCCACCAUCCUGGCUGAUUCUGGGCUGAGCAGUGCAGACCGCAAAGCUCACCUUAAUGCUCUCAAGAUGAACUGCUACUUGCUGACUGGUCUAAUGAAUGCCUUUGAAAUGGAAAUCUGCAAGUGUGGUGUGCUGGAAGUAGAUCCUGGUGGGAAGAAUAAGAAGAAAAGGCCCAAGAGCUCUGUAUUCUUGUGGGAAGAGGAGAGGGAGCCUCUUUUACGGUUGCUCCUGCAGCUGCUGCAGCUGGAUCUGUGUCAGCUUUGGGGUGGUUUGGUGGUAGAAGAAGAGUUUGUCAGCUUAAUGACAGGAAGCUGCUACCGUAUCCUGGAGAAUCCAAGUAUUGGCCUUCAGAAGCACCGGGCCACACGUGAGGCCGUCACACACCUGCUCGCUGCAGCUCUGAGUCGCUAUGAUCACAUAUUCAGUGCCACUCUGAAGAUCACACAGAUGCUGCAGCACUUCGAACACGUAGCUCCAGUGUUUGCACAGGCUGUGAGCCUCUGGGUUACAGAGUAUGGUCUGAAAAGCCUGGUGGGUGAAUUGCUAAGGGAAAUCGGGCAGAAAUGUCCCCAGGACCUGUCCCGUGAUGCUUCUGGAGUCAAGGGUUUCGCUGCCUUUAUAACUGAGCUGGCAGAACGGACUCCUGCUCUAGUGCUCUCCAACAUGAGUGUUCUCCUGCCUCACUUGGAUGGGGAGAGCUACGUGAUGCGCAAUGCCGUGCUGGCGGCUAUGGCCGAGGUGCUGGUGCAGGUGCUGAAUGGUGACCAGCUGGAGGAGGCUGCCCGUGGCACCCGGGACCAGUUCCUGGCCAUGCUGCAGACCCACGUCUGUGACAUCAACAGCUUUGUGCGCAGCCGUGUGCUGCAGCUCUUCACUCGCAUCGUGCAGUGCAAGGCCCUGCCUUUGACUCUGUUCCGGUCGCUGGUGCCGCUGGUUGUCGGGCGUCUCAAAGACAAAGCUGUGGUUGUGGUUAAAAAUGCCAUCCAGCUCCUGGCUGCCUUUCUGUCCAACAAUCCAUUCUCCAGCAAGCUCAACUGUGCUGACUUGGCUGAGCCACUGAAGAAAGAGAUGCAGAAACUGCAAGAAAUGAAGGACCAUAGCAGAACCACAGCAGAUCCAGUGGUCAACCCAGAGGAAGAGUGGGAGGCAAUGCUGCCAGAAGUUAGGGCUGCCACACAGCAGCUCUUUCAACCACUGCAGGAAGAGGAAGAGGACAUGGUGGAAGUUGGAGAAACAGUGGAGAGUACGUUGGAGCAAAUCACUAAGCUGUUGAGGAAGCUGAAUUACAAGAGUGCAGCCCGCCUCACGCAGAAGGCCCUGAGCUGCUUCCAGGGGAAGGAGCCCUUCACUGGUCCCACAGAGGAAAAUGAGGAGGCAACAAUCCUGGGUGUUCUGAAGAGACUUUACACAGGUUCAUGCCCACCUGAGAACUGUGAGAAUCCUCCACAUGGCAACAGUCUUAACAGUGAAGAAGUUGUCCUGGAAGAUCAACCUCAGACAGAGCUGCUCAAACAGCAGAUGGUGGUGCAAUACCUGAAAGAUGCUUACAGCUUCUCAGAGAAAAUCACAGAAGCCCUGGGCCUGAUCAGCAAGAUGAUGUAUGAGAAUUCCAUCUCAGUGGUGCAGGAAGCCAUUGAGUUCUUUGUGACAGUGUCGCAGUUUGGGGUGCCCCAGGCCCUGCUGGGAGUGCGCAGGAUGCUGCCCCUCAUCUGGUCAAAGGAGGCUGGCAUCAGGGAGACGGUGCUGAGCGCCUACAGGAGACUCUACCUGCCCGCCGGCGCCGACUCGCACAGGGCCAAGGCCCAGAGUCUGGUGCAAUCCCUCUCUCUCCUCAUGGUGGAUGCAUCACAAGGAACAAUAGAGUGCUUAGAAGAAAUAGUCACAGAGUUUGUGCAGAAAGAUGAAAUCAAUCCAGCUGUGAUCCAGCUGCUUUGGGGGCGAUUCACAGAGAAGUCUCAGUGCUCCCCACAAGAACGUUGUGCUGCUGUGAUGCUGCUGGGGAUGAUGGCACGAGGGAAGCCAGAGAUCAUAGGCAGCAACUUGGAUGUCCUGGUGACAGUGGGGCUGUCUGAAAGGGCACAUGAGGACUAUCGCCUGGCUCUAGAAGUGUGCCGUGCCAUCUCCAAACUUGGCAGUAACCCAAAGCCAGCACUGGGCAAGGACACUGCACCUUUUCGACUGCCACAGGACCACACACUCUUUGGUUGCCUGAGUGAGACACUGAGUCAAGGCUUUGCCCAGCCAAGUAGUGACUGGAUCCCCUUUAUGGAGGCAGCAGUUGCCCUGAUCUACCAGCUGGCAGAAGGUGCAGAGAAGAUCUGUGCUCACAUCCUGCAGAAGUGCACUCAGCAAGUGCUUGAGAAGCUGCAGGAGGCCGAUGGGCAGAAAGCUGAUGCAGGGGGUUCUCCCAGCAGAGCCUCUGAAGGUGACAGCAGUCUCCCUGCAUUCCUACUGACUCAUCUGGUGUCCCUGGUGGGAGAGGUGGCAUUGCAGCAGGUGGUGCAUUUGGAAGUGGCAGUGAGUGCAGAGCUGCGCAGGCGCCGCACCCUCAGGGAGGAGAAGACCAAGAAACAAUCCAUCGGCAGCACCAGGAAGCAGAGACCCCAGAGCUCAGGAAAUGAGACCAGUACGGAAGAGGAGCUCCUUGUGGGAGCCUCUGCUGACGACAUAGAGGCUGAGCUCAUCCGCAGUAUUUGUGAGGCAGAACUUCUAGAGGAGAACCACCUCUUCUCUGCCUUUGUUCCACUGGUGCUCAAGAUCUGCAACAACCCUGGGCUCUACAGCGAUGCGUCACUCUCGGCUGCUGCAGCCCUCGCUCUUGGCAAGCUCUGCAUGAUCAGCUCUGAGUUUUGUGACUCCCACUUGCGCCUGCUGUUCACUAUGAUGGAGAAGUCCACACUGCCUAGGGUGAGAUCCAACCUCAUCAUUGCAGCAGGAGAUCUGGCCAUCCGUUUCCCCAACCAGGUGGAGCCUUGGACAUCACAUCUCUAUGCCAGGUUGCGGGACCCCUGCCCCAGUGUGAGGCAGACAGCUGGGGUGGUGAUGACUCACCUCAUCCUCAAAGACAUGGUCAAGGUGAAGGGCCAAGUGAGUGAGAUGGCAGCUCUGCUUGUAGACCCAGAGGAGGAGAUCGUGGAACUGGCUCAGAGCUUUUUCAGUGAAUUCUCCAAUAAGGGCAAUGCCAUCUACAACCUGCUUCCAGACAUCAUCAGUCGCCUCUCAGACCCCAGCUGUGGCACAGAGGAGAAGGACUUCCACACCAUCAUGAGACAUCUCUUCUCCUACAUCACCAAAGAUAAACAGACUGAGAGCCUGGUGGAGAAGCUGUGCCAGCGGUUCCGGAUUGUCAGAACUGAACACCGGUAUCAGGACCUGGCCUUCUGCCUUACUCUGCUUCCCCUCUCAGAACGGGGCCUUCACAAGCUGCAGGACAACUUUGACUGCUUUGCAGACAAGCUCCAAGACACAACUGUCUACAGCUGCUUCCAAACUGUGCUGGGUCGAUUCCUCAGAGGAGGCAGCAAACCUGAGACUAAAGCUUUGGCUGAAGAGCUGCAGCAGAAGAUGUCUGUCUCCCAUAACCGAGGCUUGGAUUCAGAAGAGCCGUGCCAGGAAGGUGGCAGAACACCAAUGCCAAAGCCUGCCAAGCAGAAACCAGUCUUGGCAGGUUCACGCCGCCAGCCCCUGAGCUCUGCCAACAGUGACGAAGAUUUUGUUACACCCCAGCGUCAGCGUCUCCGCCUCCGCAGCCGGAAGAGUACCAAAAAGCACCUGCCACGUAAAAAAACUCUCAUCACCUUCUCCAGUGACGAGGAGAACAGCUCUGAGGAUGAGCUGUCAGCAGAACUCAGACCAGAGGAGACUCCCACCAAAACGACUCCCAUCACCAGAGCCUCAGCCCGCCGGCAGCGCUGA